CACUGCCCAUUUUGACAGUUCACGUUUCCGGGGCAGAGCAAGAAGAACAACACCGCAACGCCGAAGAAGAAGAAACUGUCGUCGAGGCUUCCUUUUCGUUGACAGCUCUUUUCCAUCACAAGUAUGGCUCCGAAGAAACCGUCUGAAAAGUCCGCGGGCCAACCGGCCGAAAAGAAGGAGAAGAAGCCAGCGGCGGCCGCUGCUGCUUCCGGCUCGGGCGAGAAGAAGGCCGCUCCGGAGAAGAAGCCAGCUGCUGAGAAGAAGCCGGCUGCCGCCGAGAAGAAGCCAGCUGAGAAGCGUCCGGCUGCUGCUGAUUCGAAGGCCGCUGCUCCGGCUGCCAAGAAGGCCGCCGAGGGAGGCAAGAAGGCUCCGGCCGCUGCCCCCAAGACCGAACCGGCCAAGAAGGGUGCCGCCGCUAAGAAGGGAGCGGCUGCUGCUGCCGGAAGCGGUGCCGCUACUGGCAAGAAGGCUCCGACGGCGGCUGCGGCCAAAAAGGCUGCUGAUGCCGCCGCCAAGGCCAAGAAGACUGCGGCUGGCGACAAGAAGGCCGCCGCCAAGAAGCCAGCCCCGAAGAAGACCGCUGCCAAGAAGGGUGCCGCCGGUGCCAAGAAGGCCGGUGCUACCGGAGCUGCUGCCGCCAAGAAGAAGGGAGCUGCCGGAACGAAGAAGGCUGCCGCGAAGAAGCCCGCCACCAAGAAGGUCGCCGCCACCAAGGGCGACAAGAAGGCCAUCGAGGCCAAGGUGCAGAAGGGUGCCGCUAAGGCUCGUGCCGCCGCUCUGCUGAGGGCCAAGCGCACCAAGACCAAGGUGGUCAAGGGAGCGUUCGGAACUGCGCUGCGCAAGAUCCGCACCACGGUCAAGUUCCGCCGGCCGCGUACUCUGCGUCUGCCACGCAACCCCAAGUUCCCGCGCAAGUCGGUGCCGACCCGUAGCCGCAUGGACGCGUACAACAUCAUCAAGUACCCGCUGACGACGGAAGCCGCGAUGAAGAAGAUCGAGGACAACAACACGCUCGUGUUCCUGAUCCAUCUGCGCGCCAACAAGAACCACGUCAAGGCGGCGGUCAAGAAGCUGUACGACAUCAAGGUGUCCAAGAUCAACACCCUGGUGCGACCGGACGGCAAGAAGAAGGCGUACGUGCGGCUGGCGCGCGACUACGACGCCCUGGACAUCGCCAACAAGAUCGGAAUCAUCUAAGCAGUGGGCCCGUGUCGCGUCGUUAGCUUUUUUCAGUUCUUUGUACUCUUAAGAAGGAUGUGUGGUUUACCUGCCUGGUUGUGGGGGGAACACCGAUUCCGCGCGCCACCAGAUUAGAGGGAGAGAGA